AGAACAAAAGAUGCAUGUUCAACCAGGCUGCCUUUUACUCUUCAUCCUUCAGAGCAGCACUAUCUUCACUGUCUCCAAUGGAGAACCUGAAGCAAGUGUCAUGAAGGGACUCGCUUCGUCUCUUUCCCCCACACCCAAAGGCUGGAACGCGUCCGUCAGCCAUUGUAGAUGGCCUGGAGUAACUUGUGACAGCUCAUUUCAGGUGACUGAAAUUGACCUGUCACGCCAGUCCCUCUUGGGGACAUUGCCUGGUAACCUAAACUCCCUCUCAAAGCUCACUUAUCUGUAUCUGGACAACAACCAUUUCAAGGGGAGCAUGCCUUCGCUAGCCAACUUGACAUUUCUCCAAGACACCACAAUGGACUGCAACAACUUCACUUCCAUGCCGGAUAAUGCCUUUGAAGGGCUAAUCAACCUAGUGUAUUUCUCUAUUGGUAAUAACCCGAAACUCAGCCCGUGGACCUUUCCCGGUGUCCAAUUACAACGAUCUCAGUAUUUGAAUCGAUUCAAUGCUAGCAGAGCCAGUCUUAGUGGAACUUUACCAGACAUGUUUGGCUCAUGGCCUGCGUUGCAAGAACUUGACCUAACCUACAACGCCUUUGUCGGUUCGUUGCCACGGUCAUUUGCAGGGUCCAAUAUCUACACCUUGUGGCUUUCUGAUCAAGAAGAAGGUUUCUCUGGUGCACUUGAUGUCCUUGCGAACAUGAGUUCGUUGUGGUCGGUCUGGUUGAAUGGCAAUAAGUUUCAAGGGCCUAUUCCUGACCUCUCUAAGUGUACCUCAAUCAUAGAGCUUGGACUUGAGGACAAUUUAUUAACAGGAAUUGUCCCCUUGUCCUUGAUGGCUUUACCCAAUCUGGAUUACAUUGAUCUGCACAACAACAAACUUCAAGGGCCGUUGCCAGUUUUCGGAUGGAAUGUCACUGCAAUAGUUGGCAAAACAACUAAUAACUUCUGUAAGGUUACGCCCGGAUCAUGUGACCAGCAAGUGAUGGCUUUGCUUCAGGUUUCCCAAGCACUUGGCUAUCCGGCAAAGCUUGCAGAUGGAUGGAAGGGUAACAAUGCUUGUAAUCAAUGGGUAUUUGUUAGGGAACCCGAAACUUGUUACCAGAUCUGGCCAUACUGGAGGAACAGGAUUUCAGUAUACAAAAAGAGAAAGCCCAUUAAACAAGUUGAUGUGUUGGGGAAGUCACAACAUUUUCUACCCGACUCCCCAACUAGAUUCAGUUACGAGGUUCUAAAGGCUGCAACCAACAACUUUGAUAUGCAACGGAGACUUGGAGGUGGUGGAUUUGGGUCGGUUUUUGAAGGAAUUUUAAGCAAUGGAUCCAGAGUUGCAGUAAAGAGACUAGAUCAUUUCGGGCAGGGAAUGAAAGAGUUUCUAGCUGAAGUCCAUACUAUAGGUGGCAUACACCAUCUUAAUUUAGUCAAAUUGGUCGGUUUUUGUGCUGAACAGGCACACAGGCUUUUGGUGUACGAGUACAUGAGUAACGGGUCAUUGGACAAGUGGAUAUUCCUCGACGGUUCAAAGACCGGGCUCAAUUGGGAUACUAGAAAAAGGGUCGUUAUGCACAUUGCCAAGGGACUCGAAUACUUGCACGAGGAUUGCGCAAAGAGAAUAGCCCACUUGGAUAUAAAACCACAGAAUGUGCUUCUGGACGAAGGAUUCAACGCCAAGUUAUCAGAUUUUGGCCUUGCUAAGCUAAUUGACAGGGAUCAAGACUACGUCAUGACGCAGAUGAGAGGAACGCGAGGGUACCUUGCACCUGAAUGGCUGGGUGGGAAAAUCACAGAGAAAGCUGAUGUUUACAGCUAUGGUGUUGUGUUGUUGGAAGUGGUGUUUCAAAGGCAAAACCUGAGUGAUGACCGAUUGAUUGACAUAGUGAGGGAGAAAGUUGAGCAAAGUGAGUUGUCUGUCUUGAUUCAUAAAUGCAUAGAGGACGACGAGCAAGAGAAUGGCCCCCAAGUAAAGGAGAUGAUCGAGCUAGCACUUUGGUGCUUGCAUGUGGAUCCAAACAAAAGGCCUGCAAUGUCCACAGUAGUUAAAACAUUAGAAGUUGCAAUGAAUAUACAGUCGUGUAUUACUAUUAGUAAGAAGGAUUUCAUACCCUCUGCAAUGGGAAUAUCAACUACCAGUGUUGCAACUGUAUCAUCGUCAUCUGCAGGGCCUAGAUGAUAACAUCAGUACUUUUAAUAAAUUGUAAUUAGCCUU